UUUGGUGAACGGGAUUUGUGUUUUUACGCGACGUGAGGUGGAAGAGCGGCGCCGUCGAUACAUUGAGCGGACAUGCACAACGCCAAGACGAAGCGGUCGGAACGCCUGAAGAAAGCCAAGGAACAGAAGGCCUCGAGCGCAGAUGCGUCGUGGCAGAUUGACGACUUAUUGACCAUGUCGGAUCUGUCGGAGGAGAAUCUCCUGCGAAGCCUUCACAGUCGCUACGACCACGACCUCAUCUACACUUUCGUGGGUCCAAUCUUGAUUAGUAUUAACCCGUACCGCAGCAUCGACGGUCUGUACUCGGACAGCACCAUGGACCGGUACCACAGCAACGCUGCCGGGAACAAGCCACACGUGUUUGAAACGAUGAAGGCAGCUUACGAAGAGCUCAUUUUGUCGAGCGCAACGAGUCCGAGCGAUCAGAGCAUAAUUAUUAGCGGAGAAAGCGGGGCCGGCAAGACGGAGACGACCAAAGUGAUCAUGCAAUACUUGGCUCGCGUCACUACGAGCGGUCACACGAACAAUGGCGUUGUGUCCCUCGAGCAAAAGGUACUGGACUCGAACCCGUUGCUCGAGUCGUUCGGGAAUGCCAAGACACUGCGCAACGACAACUCGAGUCGGUUCGGCAAGUUCAUUGAGAUCCAAUUCGACAAACAUGGAAAAAUCGCAGGCGCUGAAAUCAUGAACUUCCUCCUCGAGAAGACUCGCAUCGUGACACAAAGCCUCGACGAGCGCAACUACCACAUCUUCUACCAACUGCUCGCAGGCGCCGACAACGCAUUGAAGGAGCGCCUGCACUUGACCAAGCCCCAGGAUUACGAGUACCUCAAACACAGCGGGUGCUACGUCUUGCCUGCCAAAGACGACAAGGAAGAGUUUAACAUCACGACACACUGCAUGACCACGAUUGGAAUUUCUCAAGACAUGCAAAUGCACGUGUUUGAAAUGCUCGCUGCAAUUUUGCACCUGGGCAAUGCCGACUUUGAUGUAGUCCACGAGAACUGUGUCCCGAGCAACGCGGCGUCGACAGCGUGCCUUGAAUUGGUCGCGUCGCUGCUGCAAGUACCGAACGAAGCGCUCCAGUCGGCCUUGUGCACGCGGCAACUCUUUGUCGGCGGCAAGGUGAUUGUGCAAGCGCAAAACGCGGCCCAAGCCCGGGACAAGCGGGACGCGUUGGCCAAGACGAUCUACUCGUCGCUCUUUAUGUGGCUCGUCACCGAGUUGAAUCGUACGAUUUCGCAGCCCGCGCAAAAGUGGGGGUUCAUCGGGGUCCUCGACAUUUACGGGUUUGAAAAGUUUGACUGGAACACCUUUGAACAGCUCUGCAUCAACUUUGCCAACGAGAAACUCCAGCGCCACUUCAACCAGCACAUGCUUGAAGUCGAACAGGAAGAGUACACGCGCGAAGGCAUUGACUGGACGCACAUCCGGUUCCAGGACAACCAGAGUACGCUCGAACUCCUCGAAGGCAAGCCUGGUGGGAAGCCCGGCGUGUUUAUUGCGCUCGAUGACGUCUGGCGCAUGAAGGGUGACGAGGCGAAUCGAAAAUUCGUCAGCUACCUCCACUCGACGUUUGGCGCGACCCACCACGAGUCAUACAUCCAGCCGAAAGUGGACGCCGCAUUCGCGUUUGGCAUUCGACAUUAUGCUGGCGAUGUCAUUUACGACGCCAGCGGGUUCAACGACAAGAACAACGAAGACCUGAACGACGACAUGAAGGACUUGAUCAAGUUGUCGACCAACUCGUGGCUCCCGUCCAUGGUCGACUCGAACCUGCAAGCGGUCGAGUCCAUCUCCCGCCGGGCGUCGAAUAAACCCGCUGGCCCCGUGGCGGCAUCCCGCCGACCGUCCGAGAACGUUGCAGCGGCCGACAAAAAAACGCGCACUUUGCGCGAAAUCUCGGUCGGCGCGCAGUUCCGGUACCAGCUCCAGGAACUCAUGUCCAAGAUCUCGCGGGCCACGCCGCGGUACAUCAGGUGCAUCAAGCCGAACGAAGAAAAGCUUCCGCAGACGCUAGACGGCGCCCAGUGCGUCCGCCAGCUCAAGUACUCUGGGAUGAUGGAGGCUAUUCAAAUCCGUCAAAAGGGCUUUGGUCUCCGAGAAGACCACGACGUGUUCUUCUACGAUUACUUGGCGCUUGCACCUGCGUCGGAAGACAUUUGCGAACUCGUAACUUCCAUCUCGGAGAUGCUCAACGAAGGCAAAGAUCAGUGGCAAAUGGGCACGUCCAAGGUCUUCCUAAAGCGGUCGGUUGCGGAAAAAUUGAAGCGUCUCAAGGUCUUGCGCGAGAUGUCGGCAGUUCGAACGUUGCAACGAUGGCACAAAGUGUUGAAGCGCAACUCAGCCGCGAUCAUUAUCCAGAGCGCCAUGCGAGGAUGGCGAGCCAAGAAGGAGCUGGGGUUGCUCCGAUCAGCUGCGUACACUGUCAUGAAAAUGGCACGGGGCCAUGCAGCGCGUACACGGUACAAGAAACUCGUGACGCAGCACCGCCUUGAGGUGAAAUGUGCGAUCAAAAUCCAAGCAAUCGCGCGGGGGUAUAUCAUUCGGCAAAAGGACUUGCUGCACCCGUUCGCAGGGAUGGGCCCAAAGGAACUCGAUGCACGUAUCAAAGAAAUUGAGCAUGCCAUCGAAGUUGCCGCGUCCAAGAAACAAUUUGACGUGUGCACAUUGCUCCAGAAGGACUUGCAUGCGACGCAAGAGGCCCGGCGGUUGGUACGAACACCAAAGGAAGUGGACGCCGAAAUUGAGGCGUUAAUCCAUGAAAUGGAAGCUCUCGCCGCUCAAAAGAAGUUUGCCGAGUGCUCCGUCGUCCAGGCCAAGCUCGCGGCGUUGCAAGAAUUCCGCCUCAACAUGCCGGAAGACUUGAACGAGCUCGACCCACACGAGCUCGACGUCCGCAUCAGCGCCGUGAAUGAAGAAAUCGUCAAAGCCAUGUCUGACCGCAAGUUUGAACUCUGUGGCCAACUGCAGGAAAAGCUGGACGCUUUGAUCGAAGUGCGCAAGACCAAGCAAACACCGCAAGAACUCGAAGCCGAGAUCCACAACUUGAACAUGGCUUUGACGCAAGCGAUGCAGAAGAAGGCGUUUGACAAGUGCGGCCAAAUCCAGUCCCAACUUGAAGUGCUCCAGAAGCGCCUUGCCAAAACGGGACGGGAGAAGCCACAGUUAGCUGUGGCAAGGGAGAAUCCCCAGGUUGCUGCAGCGCCCGUGGCGGCGGCAGCUGGUGAAGUCGCCCCACCAGCCAUUGGCGUGGUGCGAGCUUCAGUCACAAAUGCGAAUGCUCCAGUGGCUGCGAUUAAAGCUGUCGCGUCGUCCCCCGUCGUGCUACCACCAUCGAACGUUGUGAUCGCCGCUGCCCCAGUUGCCGCAGCUCCCUCCCAACCUUUGGUGGCUGUCGCACUGCCAGCAAUGGUGGCGCCUGGUGCUCGCCGGAACCAAGUUGCAGUGACCGACGGUCGCCGACCACGAAGCAGCUCGAUCGAGUCGGCCACGUCGGCGCAUUCCCAAGCGUUUUCUGUUUCGUCCAAGGUGUCUCAAGCCGUCUCCGUGUCGUCCAAGCUGUCGAAAGCCAAGUCGGCAACCAAAGCGACCCUUGCGCCGUCGAUCGACGAGGCCGAGAGCGAUCCUUCUCGCACCGUGGCGAGACUGCGCCCUGCCAAGGUGAUCAACAUCGAUGGGAACGCUACAAUCACGGAAGCCGCGAUCGUGAUGAAGAAAAACCGAACUGCUGCCAUUCUCGUCGUGAGCCCCGCCGGCCUGUUGGAAGGGAUCUUAUCCGACACGGAUGUGACUCGACGGGUGAUCGGACAAGGGCUCAGCCCGAGCACCACGAGCGUGGCGUCUGUUAUGACCCCCCAGCCAAGCUGUGUCGGCUCAGAAGACAAAGCCACGGACGCCCUUCGAAAAAUGCUGCAAGGCCGCUUUCGCCACUUGCCCGUCACCGACUCGGCUUCUGGGGCUGUUGUGGGGCUGCUGAACGUGACCAAGUGUCUUCAUGCGGCGAUUCGCCGUUUGGAACAAGCGCACGAAUCGACGAAAUCAUUGCGAAAGGACCUGCAUGUGAGUGGCGCGGCUCUGGCGAUCUUGGCCCCGAUGCUGGAAAAGCUGUCGUCGCCAACUCUGCAUGACAUUGUGUCGAGCACGCCGCUGCCGCCCAUUGUUUCCCCCAGGGACAUGCUGGACUCGGUGAUCCACCAAAUGGCUGAGUCUCGCAAGGCCGCGCUUGUGGUCGACACAGACGGGACGCUUGUCGGGAUCUUCACCCCCAAAGACGUGCUUGUUCGCGUCAUCGCGGGCGGGAUCCCGCUCGGCACGACCCCCGUCGAAAAGGUCAUGACAGCAGACCCCGAGGCUGCCCACGUGUCGACUACUAUCAUUGACGCGUUCCACAUUAUGCAAGAUGGCAGGUUCCUCAACUUGCCCAUCGUGGACGAGAACCACAAAGUUGUGGGGCUGACCGACGUCUUAUCGUUGGCGUGCCAUGCCUUUUCUGGGGCUGACGGCGACCACUACGGUCAGUUCAUCCAGGCGUCGUUCCAGAACGAUACCGACUUUGACGAUAACGCAUCGGUUGGAUCGACAACGUCCAACAUCUCCAAGGCAUCGAAAGCGUCCAAGGCGUCUCGAUUCGGCGGCAGGACGUCGUCGACGCCAGGUGCCCUCAAAUCGACCCCAACCCCUGUCUCUAGCCUUCGCCCCGAUCCGGCUCAAACAAUCUCAGACAGCGCAACUGUACAAGAGUGUUGCCAAGUGAUGCGGUCCAAGCAAAUCGACGCUGUCCUGGCCGUGCGCAGCGACGGGUCGUUGGCUGGUAUUUUGACGGACAACGAUAUUUGUCGGCGAGUGGUGGCCACGAAUUCGUCUCCCUUUACGACCAAGGUUGCUCAAGUCAUGACGCCCAAUAUCAAGUACGUGAGUCCGAACGACAGCGCACUGGACGCGAUGGUCCUCAUGCACGAAGGCCACUUUCGUCAUCUACCUGUCGUCGACAAAGGCACUGUCGUGGGCAUCCUGAGCAUCGGCAAGUGCCUCUUUGACGCGAUCCAGCGCCUCGAGCAGGCUAAUGCUGCGACGGAGGCCCUUCAACAAAGCUUGGAGCAAAAGGCGCGAACGAACCAAUUGAAGUCUGCAGUGAACCCGAUGGUGGACAAGCUGCUGUCGACGUCGAUCACUUUGUCGACGAUCUUGCAAACCGAUGCUGUCGCCCCACAAGUGACCCGCCAAACAACUGUUCAAGCUGCGGCGGCAGCGAUGGCGCAAUCGCGCAAGGCAUCCCUCGUCAUGGAAGGCCAACAUUUGAUCGGGCUGUUUUCUCCCUAUGAAUUGGCUCUGCGAGUGAUCGCUCAAGGUCUGGACCCCAAGACAACGCUUGUCGGCGACGUGAUGCUGUUGGACCCUGACUUCGGCGACCCCGACAUGCCCGUGCUCGAAGGCAUGCAGAUCAUGCACGAAUCAGGGUGCUUGAACCUGCCCGUCCUCUUGGCGAGUGGCCAGGUGGCAGGCCUCGUCGACGUCUUGUCCAUGAGUUAUGGGUCGUUCAGCCUCAUUUAUGGAGACAGCCGUGAAAAGCUGGAAGAAUUCUGGAAGGCUUCGUUUCAAGUGGACCAAAAAGCCAUCGACAGACCCAAGCAGCCAAAGUACUUGGCGCCUGUCGAGCGCACCGUUGCGAGCUUGCGUCCGUCCAAGGCCAUCACGGUCCCCGAGUCGAUCUCGAUUCGCGAGCUGUCGAAGACGAUGGUGCGGGAGAAGACCGACUCGGUGCUCGUCAUUUCUGCAGCCGGCGCCCUCUCUGGCAUUGUCACCGGGUCGGACUUGACGAAUCGUCUCGUGGCGAAAAACUUGUCCCCAGACAACACGACGGUCCAAACCAUCAUGACCCCACGCCCCCAGUUUGUCACAAACGAAGAUUCGGCCAUCGAUGCGCUCUGUACGAUGCUGGCCGGCAAAUUUCGCCACUUGCCCGUCGUCGACAAUCAAAGCAUGGUCGUCGGAGUGCUCCACAUUGCCAAGUGUUUGUACGACGCGAUUCGAAAGGUCGAGUCCACGACAAAGUCGACUGCCCGAGAACUGGCGCAAAACCCCCGCUUAAAGCGAUUGGGGCCAAUGGUGCAUCGCCUCUUCUCGCCCGACGUUCAAUCGAUCAUUGAUGGAGAUACGCCAUGCCCCCGCGUACUCCCGUACACGUCGGUGUUUGCCGCGGCCAAACUUAUGGGGGAAACCAAAAAGGCGGCGCUCGUGGUGGACGAACGCGGCCAGCUCCUCGGUUUGAUCACGCCCGAUGAAGUUUUGUCGAACGUGCUAGCCAAGGCAAAGCCCAUCCACACGACGGCCGUCAUCGACGUCAUGCUGGAAGCACCGCAGAGCGUCUACGGCACCACGACCGUCGUGGACGCCAUGCACGCCAUGCACGACUCGAAGAACUUGCACCUGCCCGUGAUUCGUUCGGCCACUGACCACCACGCGAUCGGGUUGAUUGACGUGUUGUCGCUCAGUUACGGGUCCUUUGCAAAGGGGACCCCGAACGACUGGAAGUCAUUUUGGGAAUCGUCGCUCGAAGUCGAUGACGACGGGACCGCGUCCGUCUCGAGUGGCAUCAGCCUGCAUUCCAAGACGGGUGGGGCCAAAUCCAAGGCUGACUCGACAACCAAACGGUCUGGCGACAACCGCCCUGUCAGUAAACUGCUUCCGACGCCAGCGACCACCGUGCUGGCAACCAUCAGCGUCCGCGAAGCUGCCAUGGCGAUGAAAUCAGAAAAGGCAGACUCGGCCCUCGUCGUGUCUCGAGAAGGAGGGCUCCUUGGAAUCCUGACCGACACAGACGUCACUCGUCGCGUCGUUGCUCUUGGAAACGACCCCGACUUUAUCACGGUCGAAGAAGCGAUGACCGCCAACCCCAAGUUUGUCCAGGAAAGCGACAGCGCCAUGGACGCCAUGUUCUCGAUGCUGGAAGGCAAGUUCCGCCACUUGCCCGUCGUGGAUGCCGACCAUCAUGUCGUUGGCAUGCUCAAGAUCCAAAAGUGUCUGUAUGAUGCGAUCCGGCGCCUCGACACGUCCGCGGUGCAAAAGCAAGGGCUUAUGUCGCCAACGUUGCAAUCCAUCAUUGAAGUCGAUACCAAAGGACCGCCGCUCGUCAACUCGACCGACACGAUCCUGCAGGUGGCGCGGCAAAUGGCGUUUACACGCAAGGCCGCGCUUGUCGUGAGUGGAGCGUCCAAGCAGCUCGUGGGUAUUCUCACUCCCAAGGACGUCCUCCUCCGCGUCGUAGGAGGGGGCUUGGACAUUGCAAAGACUACCGUUGCCGACGUCAUGACCAAGAACCCCGAGGCCGUCGAUCCGUCGAUGACCAUUCUGGACGCCCUGCACAUCAUGCACGAAAACAACUUUCUCAAUUUGCCCGUUGUGCACACUGCGACGUCCAAGAUUGUCGGGCUCGUGGACGUCCUGUCGCUGAGCUACGGCUCGUUCGCCAAGGGCAACGACGAAGAGUGGCGAACGUUCUGGGACAUGACCUUGUCGGCCGAAGACGACGCUGCUGCUGCUGUGUCGAACCCGGCCAUCGCUGCUCCACAACUCCCCGCGGCGAUCCCUCAGCGCCAACUCACGGUCGAAUCCCUUCGUCCGACUAAAGUCAUCUUGCUGCCCGACAACAUCACGGUCGCUGAGGCAGCCACGCGACUUCGCCGCGCCCGUGUGGAAGCGUGCAUCGUCGUCGAUCCGAGUGGAGCGCUCCUUGGUAUUCUGACGCCGACCGACGUGACGCGACGCGUGUUGGCCCAGGAUAUCAACCCUGCCAACUGCUUGGUCUCUUCCGUCAUGACCAAGUCACCGACGUGUGUGCGGACGACGGACCUGGCCACGGACGCGCUGAAUUUGAUGCUCCAAGGACAGUUCAAGCACUUGCCCGUGCUGGACCCGUCCGGCCGUGUGAUGGGUCUAUUGGACAUUUCCAAGUGCUUGCAAGAUGCGAUUGCAGUCAUGGAGCGGAGUCAAACCAAGGCCGAUGCGUUUGCGAGCGAGUUGAAGCGCGGCCUUGGCCAUCAAGACUCGGCAGCCAAGUGGAUUGAAGCCAUGCAACGACCGACGGUGGCCAUGGCCGUGGAGAAGAACAUGCCACCGCCGAUUGUCGGCAUCGACACGCCCGUUCGCGAAGCUGCCAAGAUGAUGGGAUCGUCGCGUACGGCGGCCGUCGUCAUGGACGGGCAUCUCGUGAUUGGGAUGGUGACGCCCAAGGACUUGGUGAAAAAACUCAUUGCACGAUCCCUGUCCGCCGAGACCACUCGGGUCGGCGACGUGAUGACAUCGCACCCGAUCACGAUGCCGCCGAGUGCGAGCAUCCUGGAAGGGCUCCAAGUGAUGAAGGAGACUCGCGAACUGUUUGUUCCGAUCGUCGACCCUCUGUCGAGGCGCGUGGUCGGGAUGGCGGACGUGCUGUGUUUAACAUUUGGGCAAUUCAGCACCUCCGCCGACGGGCCGAACGCGAGCGAGUGGAAGACGUUUUGGCAGUCGGCCAUGGCCAUGCAAGAGGACUUGGCGGGCGACGACAUCGACGACAAUUGUUCAGUUGGGACCAUCGAAGACUUUGAGCGCACCGAGUCCCGACACCACGACAUUGCUGCGAACAACGCGAUGCAGGCGAGUAUGUACUCGGAACUAGGCGACUCGGUGUCCGUGAUUAGUGCGAGCCAAAGCACGGCGAUUUCCGUCGCCGGUACGUUUUUGUUCAAGGUCAAGGACAACAUGGGCCACGUGCAUCGCAUUCGCUGUCGCACGGAAAGCCUGCGCACGCUGCAGGACGAAGUGCGUGCCAAGAUGAACUUGCCCAGCGACGCGCAAGUGCGCCUCAAGUAUGAAGACGACGAGGGCGACCUCGCCGUCGUGUCGUCCGAUUCGAGUUUGAUGGAGGCCGUCCACAUGGCGUCCGAGUCCAAGUGGAAGAGCCUCACGUUGGUGGUUGACGUGGUCGACGAGGGCCACUCUCCACGCUUGGGCAAGAUCCACGAGGCCCCUACUACUGCACCCUCGCCCGCCAAACCCGCGACGCGGAACCUACCUCCGCCGCCGCCGCCGGCCGCUGCCCCAGACAACACGACCGUGCUCAUGGGCAUUGGCGCCCUCGUGGUCGUGAUUGGAGUCGUCGCCAUGGUCGCGUUGAAGAAGUAGAAAGUGGCGUCUGCCUCGUGUGAAUUGCAUUGUUAACCCUCUAGAAAGUUUUGCUUCCA